UUUUGUCCGCGUUCACCCCUCCUCUCCUUUUCCUUUCUCCCGUUCACUCUCACUCCUCUCUAGUGGGCUUCCUUUCCUGGCGGCGGCGGACCGGGCGAGCGCGCCGCCCUUUCGCCCAGGUCUUCGUCAGGCCCUUCGCCGGCGACGAGCGUCCACCAGUGCGUAGGUUGCUGAGGAAUAAAGAUGUCCGCUGCGGAAAUCUUGAGGGCAGAGCUAUCUUCCAGGACGCCGCCUUUCGGCCUGAGGCUAUGGAUUGUGAUUGGCAUCUGUAUCUGGGUUGUAAUCUUGUUUAUCCUAGGCUUCCUGUGCUUCUGGUCUGUGCACCGGAGGAAGCCGAGCAAGUCAUUCGACAAGAUUCCGGUGUCUCAGAUUCCGGAUGUCUCCAAGGAGAUUGCGGUCGACGAAGUGCGUGAGCAUGCUGUGGUUCAAAGCUUCCAAGUGCAAGAAAGCCAUGCGCUGGCAGUGGCAGUGCAGGAGAAGCACUACGAAAAGGAUUCGGGGAAAAUGUUGGCGCACUUGGUCAGGAGCAAGUCGAGUGAUGCUGAUAAUAUGAGCCAAUGCAGCUCCGCGUACCACUGUGAAAGGGCUGGGAGUUCGUAUUCUGGCGAUGAGGGCAGCUCGGGCAAUGCUAGGAGGCAGUAUCCUCAGUAUGCAACUGUCUCUGCAUCUCCGUUAGUUGGUCUCCCGGAGUUUUCGCAUCUGGGUUGGGGCCAUUGGUUUACUUUGAGGGAUUUGGAGCAUGCAACGAAUCGGUUCUCUAAGGAGAAUGUCAUUGGAGAAGGUGGAUAUGGAGUAGUUUACCGUGGCCGGCUCAUAAAUGGGACUGAUGUUGCAAUAAAAAAGCUUCUUAAUAACAUGGGUCAAGCAGAAAAGGAGUUCAGGGUUGAAGUUGAGGCAAUUGGACAUGUCAGGCAUAAGAAUCUUGUGCGCCUUCUAGGAUAUUGCGUUGAGGGAAUCCACAGGAUGCUUGUGUAUGAGUACGUGAAUAAUGGGAAUUUAGAACAGUGGCUUCAUGGUGCCAUGCGUCAACACGGUGUUCUUACUUGGGAAGCCCGGAUGAAAAUCAUUCUUGGAAUUGCUAAGGCGCUUGCUUAUUUACAUGAAGCCAUAGAACCAAAAGUUGUGCACCGUGAUAUCAAAUCAAGUAAUAUCCUAAUUGAUGAAGAAUUCAAUGGCAAACUUUCUGAUUUUGGAUUGGCCAAGCUCCUGGGUGCAGGGAAGAGCCAUAUCACAACUCGAGUUAUGGGAACUUUCGGGUAUGUGGCCCCUGAAUAUGCCAACACAGGUCUGUUAAAUGAAAGAAGCGAUGUCUACAGUUUCGGGGUGCUACUACUGGAAGCAGUGACUGGGAGGGAUCCAGUUGACUAUGCUCGACCUGCUAAUGAGGUGCAUCUGGUGGAGUGGCUCAAAAUGAUGGUUGGCACGAGGAGAGCUGAGGAAGCAGUGGAUCCGGACAUGGAGUUGAAACCAGCCACUCGGGCUCUGAAGCGUGCUCUUCUGGUGGCAUUGCGGUGUGUUGACCCAGAUGCUGAGAAAAGACCCACUAUGGGUCAGGUUGUACGGAUGCUCGAGGCAGAAGAUGUCCCGUCGCGAGAGGACCGUCGGAGCCGGAGGGGCCACAGCAGCAAUGCGGACAGCGAGUCUAAGGCAAGCUCAAGCGAGUUCGAGAUAAGCAGUGAUCGAAGAGAGUCAGGACUGUCCGCGAGGUCGCAGUCCUAACUCCUGAUGAGAGCACAGCGAAUUGAGCACGGGGUGGAUGGAUCAUGGAUAACUCGAAGGUGGUCGAUGCAAUAGAGCAGGCCUGAGGCCAUAGGAUGGUUGGUACUUGGUAGAGUUAGGAAGGGCAAUUGCAUUUCCAGAGGACAUUGCAUUUUGUACUGUAGGUAUUCCUUGGUGGUAGCCAGUUUAGAGUGCAGAGCCAGAUCGAUCCCCUGAGAGAUUUAGACUUGCUGCGAAUCCUAUUCGUUAUUCUCUUGGUCCAGCAGCAGCAUGUACAGAAUUUUUCUUUCUUUUCUUUUUGUUAUUAGGACUUGCCUCGGCUGGUAGAAAAAAAUGGUCUCUUUCCUAAUGUGAUGAGUGACUUGAACCAUCUACCAUGAAGUAUUCGUUAUUUAGUCCAUUGAUCAAGCUAAAUAAUUCUGUGGAACCCUGCUAUACAUCCAACUAGACUGUACUUGUAUAAAUUGGUUGUACUAUCCGUCUGUCCUGUUA